AUGUAUGACCUUAUCAAGUGCAGAACAGAUGUGUUUGCAAGUUUUUUAUUUAAAUCUAUCAGUGAUACAGAAAACUGGUUCUGUGAAUGCCCUGGACUCUACUCUGGAAAACUUUGCCAGUUCGCAACUUGUGACGAGAAUCCAUGUGGGAACGGUGCUACUUGUUUUCCAAAAUCCAGCCAAGAUGCUGUUUGCCUCUGUCCUUAUGGAAAAGCUGGAAUCCUCUGCAAUGAUGCUAUUAAUAUUAGCCAGCCCAGUUUCAGUGGCACAGAUGUAUUUGGCUAUACCUCAUUCCUAGCCUUUUCUGCAAUUCCAAAUAUCAGCUUCUCCUAUGAAUUCCGCCUGAAAUUUCAACUGGCAAACCACAACUCAGCAGUACAAGAUAAUCUGAUAUUUUUCACGGGACAGAAAGGCCAGGGUCUCAAUGGAGAUGAUUUCCUGGUGCUAGGCCUGCGUAAUGGCAGUGUUGUAUACAGCUACAACCUGGGCUCUGGCACGGCCACUCUCAUUAGUCAGCCACUCGAUCUGACACUCAGUAUUCAUGUGAUCCAUCUUGGCAGAUCUCUCCGAGCAGGCUGGCUGAAGGUGGACGAUCAUAAGAAUAAAUCCGUCACAUCCCCAGGAAGGUUGGUUGGGCUCAAUGUCUUCAGUCAAUUUUAUGUCGGCGGUUACAUUGAAUACACUCCUGAACUCUUACCAAAUGGAUCCAAAUUUGAGAAUGGCUUUCAAGGGUGUAUUUUUGACAUAGAAGUUCGGACUGGAAAGGAUCACCGAUUUAAAUCACCAGGUAUUCCAGAAGGCCAUCCCAAUGCAGGUCGCAGUGUAGGACAAUGUGAAGAUUCCCCAUGCAGUUUAAUAAAAUGCAGAAAUGGUGGAAUGUGCAUGGAAAGUGGCUCUACCGUUUAG